AUGGAGGCGACGGUUGGUGCAGUCCUUUACUCCCCUACCGGCAGUUUUGCGGCUGCUUUUAGCAUGAGGCUUCCAGAUUGUUCAUCACCUUUGUUAGCUAAGGCUAUGGCUUGCAAGGAGGCACUCUCGUGGGUCAGAAAUCGGGGUGUUUUAUCUGUGGUUCUACACACUGAUUGCUCGGACCUUCAACGCUUGCUAGCAUCAUCUCGUGUUCAUCUCUUCUCUUAUAUUGCCUAUCCUAUUGAUUCUGCUAGGUCUCUCAUGUCUUUGUUUAAUAGUUGUUCUGUCGAACUAAUUCCUAGAACAGCUAAUCUGGGAGCACAUACUCUAGCUACUUUAGCUUUUUCCCAGGUUAACGCUAUGUGUUGGGACUCUGUCCCGCCUGCUGUUAUUUCUGAUUUUAUUUAA